UCCAUAUCUCAAAGACAAACUUCUCUUGUAUCUCUUUCCUCUCCACCUUAAACUUUUUUAUCUCUCGUAUUUCUUGAAGACCUCCUUCUCUGUAUCUGUUCUUCACAAAAAAAAUCUUGAAGAAAGAAAAAGAAAUAAUAAUUUAUAAGUUGAUCUGGUGUAUUGGAAGAACCCCCUCGAAGUCAGAACUUCUUUUUGCUUUUUGUUGCUUCCCCAUAGAUUUUCCUAGGAAGUAGCCCAAGGAAAUCACCCAAAAGUCAACAGAGUUAAGAAGGAUUAUUCACCAACCUGAGGUUCGGGUGUGUUUUCAUCUAUUUCAGUGCAUCGACCAUGAUGAAUACCUAAUCUGAGAGAUUGACAGUUCUGCCCUUGGAUAUCACCGUAAAUGACGAGAAGACCAGACCUCCGACGUGGCAUACUCGCCACCGUGGCCGUAAUAACAAUACUCCUCUCAAUUUUCCCGCCAAUUACCGAAUCGACCGUUGAGAAACAAGCUCUGUUUCGCUUCAAAAACCGCCUCAACGACCCUCACAACGUUCUACAAUCUUGGAAACCCUCCAAUUCACCCUGCACGUUUCACGGCGUCACGUGCGAUCCACUCUCCGGAGAAGUCACUGGUAUCUCUCUAGAGAACGCGAAUCUCUCUGGCUCCAUCUCUCCGGCUAUCUCAUCUCUCACAAAGCUCUCUACCUUAUCCCUUCCCUUUAAUCUCAUCUCCGGCCAGAUCCCGUCUGAGAUAGUUAACUGCACAAACCUCAAAGUCCUAAACCUCACCUCAAACAGACUCUCCGGUACGAUCCCUGACUUCUCCCCUCUGAAAAACCUGGAGAUCCUCGACGUCUCCGUGAACUUCUUAACCGGAGAGUUUCAGAGCUGGGUAGGGAAUCUGACUCGGUUGGUUUCUCUCGGUGUGGGAAACAACUACUACGAAGAAGGCGAGAUUCCGAAGAGAAUCGGCGGUUUGAAGAGACUCACUUGGCUCUACUUAGCUAAAUCCAACUUGACCGGACACAUUCCAGACUCCAUAUUUGAUCUGAUCGCUCUCGACACUUUCGACAUCGCCAGGAACGCAAUCUCGGGAGAUUUUCCAGCCUCGAUCACGAGGCUGGAAAAUCUCACCAAGAUCGAGUUAUACGAGAACAGAUUCACCGGUGAAAUCCCACCGGAGAUCGGAAACUUGACUCAUUUACGCGAGCUUGAUGUCUCUUUGAACCAGCUGAGUGGCGCGUUACCUCGAGAACUCGAAAACCUGAAAGAGCUCAGAGUCUUCCACUGUCAUCAAAACAACUUCUCCGGCGAGUUUCCUUCGGGUUUCGGAGAAAUGCGUUUCUUAACUUCCUUAUCGAUCUACAGGAACAACUUCUCCGGUGAAUUCCCAGCGAACAUCGGUCGGUUUUCGCCGUUGGACACCGUUGAUAUAUCCGAAAACCGGUUUACAGGUCCAUUCCCUCGUUUCUUAUGCCAGAACCAUAAACUACAGUUCUUACUCGCCUUGCAGAAUGAAUUCUCCGGCGAGAUUCCGACAUCCUACGCAGGAUGCAAAUCUCUCUUGAGGCUCAGGAUUAACCAGAAUCUUCUUACUGGUCACGUUCCUGAAGGCUUCUGGGCUCUGCCGCUAGCUAAGAUGAUCGAUCUCAGCGAUAACAGUCUCUCCGGGGAGAUCUCUUCUCAGAUAGGACUCUCAACGGAGUUGAGCCAGCUGAUUUUGCAGAACAACAGAUUCUCCGGCAAGAUCCCUCGUGAAGUUGGGAAGUUGACAAAUAUAGAGAGGAUUUAUCUGAGCACCAACAGUUUUUCAGGUGAAAUACCGACAGAACUCGGAGACUUAAAACAGUUGUCUUCUCUGCAUCUUGAAAACAAUUCACUGACAGGAUAUAUCCCUGUCGGAUUGACAAAAUGUGUCAGACUUGUUGAUCUGAAUCUUGCCAAGAACUCUUUAUCCGGAGAGAUACCUAACAGUUUAUAUCAGAUCUCUUCUUUGAACUCUUUGGACCUCUCAGGGAACGGGUUAACGGGAGAGAUCCCUGCGACUCUAGUGAAGCUGAAGCUGAGUUUCAUAGAUUUGUCUGAGAAUCAACUCUCAGGAAGAAUACCACCUGAUCUCUUAGCGGUGGGAGGUUCCACCGCGUUCUUACGCAACGAGAAGCUCUGUGUAGACAACCAAAACGUCAAAACAAGUGAAGAAUCUGCUCUGAGCUUAUGCAGUGGCGACCAGCACGUGGAGAAGAAGCGUUCACUAGACGGAACGCUCUUGUUCUUGGCUCUUGCUAUUGCCAUGGUAGUGCUGGUGACUGGUGUGUUUGCGUUGCGUUACAGAGUUGUGAAGAUACGUGAGUUCGACAGAGAAAACGGGGAUAUCAACAAGGCGGAUGCGAAGUGGAGGAUCGCGUCUUUCCAUCAGAUGGAGCUAGACGCUGAGGAGAUUUGUAAAUUGGAUGAAGAUCACGUGAUUGGAGCUGGAAGUGCGGGGAAGGUGUACCGUGUUGAUUUGAAAAAAGGCGGUGGUACGGUGGCGGUUAAGUGGUUGAAGAGAGGAGAAGAAGAUGGUAACAAAACAGACGUCUGUGUUGCGGAAAUGGAGAUUCUUGGAAAGAUCAGACACAGAAACGUGUUGAAGCUAUACGCUUGUCUUGUUGGAAGAGGUUCUAGCUAUCUGGUGUUUGAGUUCAUGGAGAAUGGAAACUUGUAUCAGGCUCUUCACCAGAAUAUUAAAGGUGGACUACCUGAAUUGGAUUGGCAAAAACGGUAUAAAAUCGCGGUGGGGGUUGGUAAAGGAAUUGCAUAUUUGCAUCAUGAUUGCUGUCCUCCGAUCAUUCACAGAGAUAUAAAGUCAAGCAACAUAUUGCUUGACGGGGAUUAUGAGUCGAAAAUCGCGGAUUUUGGAGUUGCAAAAGUUGCAGAAAAGGGAUAUGAAUGGAGCUGUGUUGCUGGGACUCAUGGCUAUAUGGCUCCCGAGCUGGCUUACUCCUUCAAGGCAACAGAGAAGAGUGAUGUGUACAGUUUCGGUGUGGUUCUUCUAGAGAUAGCGACUGGUCUUCGGCCAGUGGAAGACAGGUUCGGAGAGGGCAAGGACAUUGUUGACUAUGUUUUAUUUAAAAUCCAACAAGAUCGGAGGAACCUUAGAAACGUCUUGGACAAGCAAGUUCUGUCUUCUUCUGUAGAGGAAAGCAUGAUUAAGGUUCUGAAAAUGGGUCUUCUCUGCACUACAAAGCUCCCUAGUCUCAGACCAAACAUGAGAGAGGUCGUGAGAAAGCUUGAAGACGCUGAUCCAUGCGUCUGCAACUCUCUAGACAGAACCGGAAAGAUUACAGUGUAG